CUGCACAAAUACUUUGAGAGGACACGCUUAAAAGCACAAGCAACUGAAUAUUUCAGCUAUAUUUAUGUCUUCCUAGAGUUCCGAGGAUACACUAUUCCUAAAGGAACAGUUAUCAUCCCAAACCUCUGGUCAGUACACAGGGAUCCCACCGUGUGGGAAAAUCCUGAUGACUUCAAUCCAGGCAGAUUUCUGGAUGAACAGGGAAAAAUUCUCAGGAAAGACUGUUUUAUUCCAUUUGGAAUAGGUCGCAGGGUGUGCAUGGGAGAGCAGCUGGCUAAGAUGGAGCUGUUUCAGAUGUUUACCAGCCUGAUGCAGGCCUUCACUUUCAGGCUUCCUGAGGGGAAAUCUGCUCCAUCCAUGCACGGACGCUUUGGCCUGACUCUGGCUCCAUGCCCAUUUACUGUCUGUGUGAAAGCGCGCUGAACAGUCUUUAAAAAAGAGGCAUUCCUCAAACAAUCAUCACUGGGAAGCAAAUUGCAUGGGUUGUCCAUUAAGAAGAAUUUUCAUUUGGACCAUAAAUGAAGUAAGGGCCUUUGUGGUUGCAUGAUCAAGCAAAAGGUCUGAGAUUAUUUUAUGUAAUUUUUUAUUUUUUUGGAACAAUUUCAAGAAAUAAGAACACAUACCUAAGUAUUAUGUCAGCAUAUUUCAGUUUUGAUUACAUUUAUUUUAAAAUA